AUGGCAUCUCAUGCGGCCGCGACUCCCGCGGCAUCGCGCCCCGCGCCGGUCUCUCUCCGCCUCGCCGCGCGUCGGUCGUGCUCCCGCGGUACGGCCACGGGAGCGGCGGGAUCGUCGGCAUCCGGUCCCGCUUUCUCCUUCCCGGAGCAGCGCGCGCGUCGGUCGGGCACCGCCUGCUCCGCCGCGACCGCCUCCUCCUCUAAGGCUGGAUCCAACGGCACGCAGACCGACAAGUCCGAUCGCCUCUCCCUGGACAACAUCCGCGCCUCCCUCAUCCGCCAGGAGGACUCCAUCAUCUUCGGAUUGAUCGAGCGAGCGCAGUACUCGAUCAACGCCGCGGUGUACCAGCCCGGCGGCGUGGACGUGCCCUGCUUCCACCCCGACGGCACCCGCGCGUCCAUGCUCGAGUUCAUGCUCCGCGAGAACGAGCAGACGGGCGGGAAGAUUCGGCGGUACACCUCUCCCGACGAACACGCGUUCUACCCCGACUCGCUCCCGCUCCUGGUCAUCCCCGCCAUGUCCUACCCCAACCCCUUGGCGCCCGCCGCGGAGGGCAUCAACAUCAACGCGCGCAUCAUGGACAUGUACGUCAACGACCUCCUCCCCGCGCUGUGCCAAGAGGGUGACGACUUCAACUACGGAAGCACCGGUCUCGCGGACGUCAGCAACCUCCAGUGCCUCAGCAAGCGGAUCCACUACGGAAAGUUCGUAGCCGAGAGCAAGUUCCAGGCCAAGCCGGAGGAGUUCACCGAGCUUAUCAAGGCGCAGGACGCCGCGGGGUUGAUGGAUCUGCUGACGUACAAGGAGGUGGAGGACAGGGUCGUGCGGAGGGUGACAAACAAGGCGGCCACCUACGGCCAGGACAUCUCCGAGGAGUUGCCGAGCGAUCUGGGCCUCAGGAAUCAGAAGGACAUCGAGUACAAGGUUGCGCCGGAGCGGGUUGGUGAGCUGUACAGGGAGUGGAUCAUGCCGAUGACGAAGGAUGUCCAGGUGGAGUAUCUCCUCAGGCGCCUCGACCACCUUUGA